AUGCCUCACAAAGUCAACGACUCCAAUUCUACCCUGUCCAGCAGUGGCAGCAGCGGUGACCGUGUUGUGGUCUCAGAUCUACGAGGGCCCAAUGCUGUCCCACGCCGUACACAACCCCCGGUGAUUGUCCACAACCGGGGAGGGCAGAUCUACGAUGAAACGAGACCUUCUGAUUGGGACAAGCAACGGUGGAAGUAA